AUUGAGUCAUGGGAUCAUUUAGAUAAUUUACAAAAUAAAAUAAAUAAAUUAUUUUUUUUUUCACUUUCAUUUCCCUUCCCUUUUUUUUUUCUUCUUUAAAUAAAAAAGAAUGAUAGAUAACAGGAGUAAUUAUAGCUCUAUUCCAAAUGAUGAAGAAGCUAUAGUACAAAAAAAGACGUCUACUAAUAAUAAGAAACUCCAUUUGACUGUACGCUUUAUUCUUUAUGGUGCUAUAGCUUUUGUUAUCGUCUUUACUCUAUUAUUUUUUAGAAAUAAAAGGAAUAAAUCAGCUUCCGUUUCAAGUAAAAGAAAUGUAAUCAUGAUGAUCAGUGAUGGAUUUGGUCCUGCUUCGGAAACUUUUGCAAGACAAUAUUAUGCUUGGGCAGAAAAGAAAGACAUUGGUUUUAUGCUUCCUCUGGAUGAAAUUCAUGUAGGAAAUAGUCGUACACAAAGUUCAUCUAGUUUAAUUACAGAUAGUGCUGCAGGUGCCACUGCAUUUUCUUGCGCUAAAAAAUCCUAUAAUGGUGCUAUUGGAGUUGAUCCCGAAAAAGUACCUUGUGGGACAGUUUUGGAGUCUGCAAAGAUUCAUAAAAAUAUGUUAACCGGCCUUGUUGUAACUUCUCGUGUUACACAUGCAACUCCCGCUUCUUUCUCUGCUCAUGUUGGUUGGCGUGAUUGGGAAAAUCAAAUUGCAGAACAACAAAUUGGCUAUACUCCAUUAGGUCGUACAGUCGACUUGAUCUUUGGUGGAGGUCUUUGUGAAUUUACAAAGAAUUCCUCUGAAGGAAGUUGUCGUGCUGAUGACCGUGAUUUAUUAACUGAAGCGAAAAAAAAUUUUGGUUGGCAUAUUGUCCUAUCAAAGGAAGAAUAUGAAGAAUUAGAUUCUCAGAAUGCUUCAUUACCCCUCAUGGCCUUAUUUGCUCCUAAUCACAUGUCGUAUGAAAUGGAUAGAAAUCCAUUACAUCAACCUGCUUUACAUGAAAUGACUGCAAAGGCUUUAGAUAUUUUGAAAACAAAAUCUUUAGAACAAGAUACUGGUUUCUUUUUAAUGAUUGAAGGUAGUCGUAUUGAUAUGGCUGCUCAUGCGAAUGACCCCGCUGCCCAUUUUUAUGAUAUCAUGGAAUAUCAACGUACAGUAGCUUUAGUGAAACAAUUUGUAGAAGAUAAUCCCAAUACUGUACUUAUUUCAACAAGUGAUCAUGAAACGGGUGGAUUUACAGCGGGUAGACAAAUAGGUGAUAAUUACCCUGAAUAUCUAUGGAAUCCUCAUAUUAUUCAUCGUGUACGUAACUCUUCUGAAGCACUUGCUAUUGCCUGGAAUGAUAUUGUACAUAAAGAAGAAGAUGAUGUUCAAAGUUAUAAUUAUCUUCGUGAAGUCUUGAUUGAAAUUGGAUUAGGUAUCCUAGAUGCAACUCGAGAUGAAAUUGAAAAGUUGAAGGCAUGGAAAUUAGCCAAGAAGACUUUAGAUGAUUUAGGUUAUCUUUUUGCAGAUAUGGUGUCUCGUCGUGCAUUAAUUGGUUGGUCCACUCAUGGUCAUACAGCAGUUGAUGUUAACUUGUAUGCUAAAGGAGAAGGCACUGAAGUGUUGAGAGGAAGUCACGAAAAUAUAGAAAUUGGUGAAUUUAUUGUGAAUUACCUCGAUUUAGAUCUUGAAGAUAUUACUAAAAGAUUAAGGUAAAUCAUAUUAAAGUUCUUUAUUUAUUUAUUUACUUAUGGAUACUACUUUUUUAUAAUUAAAUAGUGAUGCUAAUUUUACCUCUUUGGGAGGAACGACAGCUUCUUUUAAUACGCAGCAUGUUCAAUAUCAUGGUUAAACCCAUCAUGUGUCUUGUUGAUACAAAAAGGGAUUUUGAUAUUCCGCAUACUAAGUUUGACAUCAUCUCCUAAAUUUAUUUUAUUUAUUUUUGUUACUGAUGAAAUAAAAUAUAUAAAGUCAAUUGUGGGGUCUUUUUUUUUUUUUUGUUU